GGUUUGACACCUCUAGCGUGCAUAGCAAAAAAAAAAAACAUUAAUUGUUUGUGUUUUUAUUUUUUAUUCGGUUCAGCCAACGGUUGUGUUAAGACUCGGUAAUUCAAGUUAAACAACAUUUCAAGUUGAAAGUGGAAAGGCAGUCAUAUCUCCAAUUGCAAGCGAAAACCGAGCAACAUGUUGCCAGACAAACCGAAUUAUGAGGCGAGAAAAUGGACGUAAUCAUUUAAACAAAAGGCGUGCGUGUGGAAAUCGCAAUCACAGGCUUCAAUAUCCACGCAAUAGGCUAAACGGCGGCUACCCGCUAGUCGGCCGCCCUUCCCACACAAGCAGGCUCUUGCGCCCGCGCCCGCAGGCUCACACACAGGACGACAGCAGACGACAGAGAGCAGCCCCUGCCCGAAACGAACUCUUAUCUGCACUAUGGAGCCCACUGCAGCGGGGAAUCUGCUGGAGAUUAUGGACCUGGCGCGCACACUCCGCCAGGAGCAGCUCUUCAUCCAGCAAGAGCAGACGGCCUUUGGCCAGCUGACGGGGGCUCUAGAGACCAAUGCAGGCACCAUAACAAAGUUGGCCUUUGUGUGUGCCCAGCAGAGGCAGAUACUGAACGAGCUGCUGCUGGCCAGGCACGAUCACGAUCCCCUGCUGAGCUGCAGACGGGCGAGCGCCUACGACAGUGCACAGUUUGUGGAUGCCAAGCAGGUGCUGCCGUACGAGCAUGCCCUCGCCUACGAGGACCUCUUCAACUAUCUGUACAAUACGCCGUAUUUGUUGGCCCUGUCGCUGGCCACCGCCGAUCGGCUGUCGCUGCUCUCGAGCGGCCAACUGGGGCAGAUCAUCAAUACGAUAGCGACGGGCCUGUACGGGAACGCCAUCAACACAAAGGAUGUAGAGCUGCUGUUGAAGCUGCUGCGUGAACUGAUCGAAAUCCAGCUGCUGGGCAGCGAGCAGCCCCGCCGGCUGCUCCGCACCAAUAGCAGCUCCUUCGCCCGCCUCUAUCAGCGGCUGGUGGAGAGCCUCUUUUCGGCCAGAAUCUUCCUCACGGCCGCCCUGCAUGCGCCCCUGAUGGGAGUCCUGAGCGAGCACGAUAUCUGGCUGGAUCUGGAUCCGCACAAGCUGAUGCAGAGCUUCAGCCAGAAGGAGCGCGAGAGGCGCUUCGGACCGGCGAGCCAGGAGCCAGGCGGGGAGCACGCCGAGGAGUACCAGCGGAAUGUGGCACGCUUCCAUGCGGAGACGCUCGGUAAGCUGCACACCCAUGCCCAGGUGUUUGUGAAGAGUCUGCAGCAGAGCUGGGCUCUGUUUCCGAGCUCCCUGCGCUGGCUGCUGCAAACGCUCAGCCAGCAGCUGCGGCAAACGCAUCGCCACGAGGAGCAGGACAUUCGGCACCUGCUCACGGACCUGGUGUUCACGCACUUCAUCUCCCCGGCCAUUGUCAGCGCCGAUCUGGUGGGCAUUAUCGAUGUGAAUGUCAGCGAACGGAUGCGCCACAAUCUCAAUCAGAUUGUCCAGCUGCUGCAGCGGCUGGCCGUCAACGAUGAGGGCAGCGAGCUGGUCCAACUCAUGGAGCUCCUCAUGCUCGGCGAAACGGGUGAGGAUGUGGUGGCCAUCUUGCCACAGCAAACCGACUUUGAGCGCUCCCAGCUGGCCAUCAAUCAACGGGAGCUGUCACAGUUUGUCGAGUUCUUUCGCCUGUUGACGUCGCGCGAUGAGUACGAUGUCUCGGCCGAGGAGAGGCAGCGCCUGCAGCGCAUCCUUGGCAGGAUACCCAAGCAGCAGCACCAGCAAUCCCAGUCGGAAGUGCCAGGGAGUCCGGAGAAGCAGCACAAGAAGAGCAACAACAACAAGAGUCUGAUGCGCUUGGGCAAGGCCAAGAAGAAGCUGGCCAACAGCAUGAGCUUCAGCAACAGCAACAGCAAUAGCAAUAGCAAUAAAAAUGUCCAGCCAGCCGUCGAGCAGCUUCCAUUGCCAUUGGCAAAUGGCCAGGCGAAUGUUUCGAACGUUUCCGCUGCUUCGAACGGAGAUCUCGAGCAGUGCUCCAGCCACAGCGGCAGCAAUACGAGUCUUAGUUCCUGCGGUGCUCCCGUUGCUGCCCCGACCCCUGCUGCUGCUGCUGCUGCUGCUGAUCAUCAUCAAUGCAGCCACCCAGAUGAGCCUGUGCUGAUGUUCAGCAUCUACAAUGCCUCAGCGAAGAGCAAACUGAAGCCCCUCACCGAGGAGGAGGUGCUCAAGAUGAACUGCAUCGGCCAGGAUGGCAGCAAUCUGCUGCCCGCUGUCGCCUGCACCACUGGCGCCCUGGUGGCGCCCUCCUCGAACAACGAUGAUGUGAGCAGCCUGGAGGCGAUGCGGCGGCCGCAGGACGAUGCCUCCAUUGGCAAUUCGGAUAAUCUGGAGGCCAUCAGCGAGGCGGCGCAUUCGGUGGCCAGUUCGCUGGACCUCGAGGAGCAGCAGGAGCGCGAUGUGCACGAGAACGAGGACAAUCUGUCCGAUAUGGUGUCGGCGAAUGUCUCCGGCCGCGGCACCCCCAAUAUCAGUGGCCGGGACACGCCCUCGUCCCAAGUGACGGACGGCGAUGGCGGCGGCGGCGAUCUGGCCCACCAUCAUGGCCAUCACGUGCGUGCCGCGAACCCGCAAAUGCAAAAGAUGCUCCUCUCGAAGGCCCGCUCCGACAUCGAGGAUAAGUUCUGCAAGUUCGAGCUGAAAAAGUUCGAGGGCGAUGAGAACGUGAGCAUCAUUUCGGACACCUGGUCGACGGAUGUGCUGGCCAGCGACUCGGAGAACACCCUCGAUGCCACGGGCAGCGAGCGGGGGGGCGAUCGCGGUGACCGGGACCGGGACCGGGACCGAGAUCGCGAUCGUAACUUCUCCACGCCGCUCAUCCCCUCCGCUGUGGUCCUGCCGGGUGACAAUAAUUUCGUUGUGGAAGCCCUGGCCCGGGCCGGGGCUGGUGUCAUCUCUGGGCCCCACAUGGACGCCUCCGAUCAGCGUUCGGAGAGCAACUGGAGCACCGAUGUGCUGGCCAGCGACUCGGAGAAGUUGGCCGAAAUCGAUACGGACGAUAAUGCCAGCAUCACAGCCAAAUCGGACAUAGCCGCUGCCGCCGGUGAGAGGGAUGCCGGAGUGCCGGAGGCCCCUGGCGGUGGCGGUGGCGGUGGCGGUAGCGGUGUGGGCGAUGACGACGAUGAGGACGAACAGACGCCGGGCAGCAGUGGCGACGGGGAGCCAGACCCAGACGCAGACCCGGACCCAGACCCAGACCGUGAACGGCUGCGCAAUGGCAGCGAACGCAGCCAGGAGGAUUCGGCGUUCUUUGAUGCCGUGAACUCGUAUGAGGACGCCCACCAUCUGUACCAUGGCGCCUCCUCGCUGGCCCGCAGCUCGGUGAGGACCAGCUACCAUGUGAUGGGCGGGGAGAGCAGCUUCCAGCAGCAGUACAAAUGCAGCGGUGCCGAGGGCAUUGGCCGGAAGACGACCCCGCUGAUGGGCACCUCGUGCAUGCGACGCCAGACCUCCGCGGAGAGCAGCAUCAGCAACCAGAGCCUCAAUCUGGAGGAGCCGCCACCGCCGCCGCGCGCCCUGGCCAAGCAUCAUCAUCAUCGGGAUCGGGAUCGAGAUCGGGAUCGGGACAGAGACUGGGAACGCGAGCGGGACCAUCGGGAGCAUCACCACAAGUCGGAGCACCAGCAUCGGGAUCUCAUCGAUUUCAGUGAUUGCAGCGAGGACAAGGAUGAGCAGGAGCAGCCGCCAGGACUCGUCCAACAGCUGCUGGACAUGUUCAACCAGGAGGAACAGCAGCAGCAGCAGCAACAGCAACACCAACAGCAGCAGGGCUGCUCCAGCCAGUCGUCCGUCGAGCAUCGUCGCAUCUCCAUGGAGCAGCGCUCCCAGUGCAUCGAUGGGCGGCGCAAUGGCAUCCUGGCGGGCAGCAUGCGCCGCCACCAGAGUCUCAACUAUGAGAAUCAUGAGAUUAUGCUCAAUUCGAUGCUGCCCAAAACGGACGAUGACAAGCAGGAGCUGCUGCUGUGUGCCCAGACCCAGCAGCAGCUGCAGCUGGAGGAGCGAGCAGCAGCCGCAGCAGCCGCCGCCACCGCCACCGCCGAGAGCAUCAGCAGAGCCGAAGCUGCAACAGGAACCAGAGGCACAUCCAAGCCGCCCAGCAAGGCCACGGGGGCCAUACCAAAGAGCAUUAGUUUCGAUGCCAGUGCGGAUAAGGAGCAGCAGCCGUACCACCGGGACAGGGACAGGGAUAGGGAAAGGGAGCGGGACAGGGAACGAGAUAGGGAACGGGACAGAGACAGAGAACGGGACAGGGAUAGGGAUAGAGACAGGGAUAGGGACAGGGACAGGGACAGAGAUCGUGAGCAUCACAGUGCUGGCAUUUUCAACAAGUUGAAGCAGGGCUUCUUCAAGCAUCGCCGCGGCGGCUCGAGCAGCUCCAAAAACAAUGCCAUUGCCGCCGCAACGCCAACGAACAUUAAUCCGAAUCCCAAUGCCAAUCCGAAUCCCAAUCCCAAUGCCAAUGCCAAUGCCACAACAGAUCCGGGGGGAUCGCGCAGUGUUAGCUUUGAUCCCAGUGCCGCCGCCUGCGUUAGCUUCGGCACCCACUACUGUGAUAGCAGCGAGGAUAUACUGGCCAAGUACAGGCGCAAGGUGAGCAGCUCCAGCGAGGCAACCAAUUCCGAUUCAACGGGCAACGGAGGAGCAGCAGCAGCAGCAGCCUCAGCCACAGCCGCAGCAGCGCAUCUGCAUAAGCAUGUGAAUGGAGGGCAACUGCCUGGCGUGGCGUUUGGCAGCGUGAAGCAGAAACUGCGCACGGUGCUGUCGAAGACGGAUCUGCAUAGCGGGGACUUUCGGCAGACGACGCCGCUGCGUCCGCUGGAUGCGACCACACCGCUGCAGAUCUACUUGCAGAUCCAGCUGGCGCAGUGCAUCAGCCUGCAGCGUUUGCCGCAGAUCUCGCACGUGGCCGAGGCGCUGCGUUGCCUCGAGCAGCUGGAGCGGCCGCAGCAUGGCCAGCUGCUGGUGGAGCUGCAGCAUGACCUUCAGCGCAGGCAGAGCUAUCUGCAGUACCUGAUGCGGCACCGCCAGCAGCUGCUGUUGCGCUCCGAGCAGCUCGAGCAGCUGGAGCUGCGGCUGAGGAGUGAGGCGCGCAGCUGCCAGCGCUGCCUGAUGCAAUCGCUCGUCCGGCUCUAUCUGGCCUGGGCCCGCCAGCAGGACAAGCUGCAGCAGUUCCACACCGAAUUCGGCCAGCUAAGGGCGAGCGAUGAGCGGGCGGAGCUGGUCGAUGAGUUUGUUGAGCAGCUGCUGCAGCAGCUGGUAACGAGCGCCGACCUGCUGGACGACUGGCAGGUGGAUGCCGCCCGGGAGGCCAUUGAACGUAUGCUCUUGGAGCUAAUGUACCAGCAGGUGAUGUUCCCCAACGAGGAUGCCGAUGUCUCCCGCGACACAGUGCUCUCCGAGCACAUUGGCAAGCUGCAGCGGUUCGUGCAUCCCGCCCAUCCGGCCCUCUGCAUUGCCCAGGAAUAUCUGGGCGAGGCGCCCUGGACCUUUGCCCAACAGCAGCUCUGCCAUAUGGCCGCCUACAAGACGCCGCGCGAGAAGCUGCAGUGCAUCAUCAACUGCAUCGCCAGCAUCAUGAGUCUGCUGCGCAUGUCCUGCGGUCGUGUGCCCGCUGCCGAUGAUCUGCUACCCGUGCUCAUCUAUGUGGUCAUAAUGGCGAAUCCCCCCUAUCUGCUGUCGACUGUGGAGUACAUCAGCUGCUUUCUGGGCAGGAAGCUCGAUGGCGAGAACGAGUUCUAUUGGACGCUGUUCGGUUCGGUGGUGAAGUUCAUCAAGACCAUGGACUAUCUGGACUAGCUCUUUGUCAGGCGCUAUCCUCCUCAUCCUCAUCCUGCUGCUGCUGCUGCUGCUGCUGCUCCACACACCACGAGAUAUUUUUAGUGAAUAUUUUCAUGUAGAGAUAACCUUUUGUUCGUUACCCCCCACCCCCACCACACCCCCUGCUAUAUUUUCUACCCAUCGUACUAUAUAUGUGUAUAUAUGUUUAUCCUCCAUGUAUGUGAAUGUGAGUGUAUGAUAUUUAAUGUG